GGGAGCCAGGGACUGGGGGAGGCCGUGGGGCCGGGAGGGGAGGGUGCGUUUCCUUCAGUGGCUGCAGCCGACGUCCCUCUGCCCACCGCUGGCCCCCCUCCACUGUGGCUGCCACCCUGCCCCGUGCAGUUCACCGCGUUGCACUGGGCAGCAAAGCACGGCAAGGAGGACAUGGCCGCGAUGCUCGUGGAUGCUGGGGCUGACAUCAACAUGAGAGCGCACGUGAGUACAGGCCCCGGCUGGCGGUCGCUGCUGGGCCGGGGGGUGCUGAGCACGUCACACGUGGUGCCCGGCUCUGCCCCCACAGCAGCUCUCUCCCUCGGGCAGGGCGGCUACACCCCCCUGCACAUCGCCGCGCUCCACGGGCACCGCCAGAUCGUGGACCUGCUCAUCGAGCGCUUUGGGGCCAAGCAGAACCUGCGGGACUACAGCGGGCACCUGGCCGGGCACUACCUGGGCUCUGCAGCGACGCUGGACGGGGACCCCGACACCCCCCAGCUGCCCUCGGGCCGCGGUGAGCGCGGCCGGAACCGGCGCCUGGCCUGCCUGCUGCUGCCCAAGGCCGGCGGGCAGGCGCGGCGGCGCUGGGGCUCGGCCGAGGACCUUGCGGAGCCAGAGGAAGAGCGAGCCCCGGCGCAGCUCCUCGCACCGCCCGCGUCCUACCGGGCCGUCCGCAAGUUCUCUCGCUAGCCCAGACCUGGCCCCACGGCGUGGUGGGGGGCUCGGGGGUCAGGCACGAAGAUGGGGCCGGACGCUGUCUGGCACUGCAGUAAAGCUCCGUGUGCACCGCG